GACCCGUGCAGAAAUUGCCUUAUAUUGAUUUGCCUGAACUGCGCAUAGAAUUACUCAAGAUUAUUCAGGGCAGUAAUCUCAAAUGACAAGUUGUUGGAAAUUAUGAGAGAAGGGUGAAAGAAGAUUUAAACUAAAUUACCAAUCAAAAUCAAACACCAGAACAUGAACAGUCGGAUCUUUUCGGGCUUUGACAUAUUGCGAGCGAGGAUAAUGUUCGAGGUUAUUCCGUUGAUGUAAAUAAUGGCUGGCCCUGAGAAGAAACUUGAAAGAUCCAAAAGUGGACUUAGAAUGAUUCCUGUGUCUGAGGCUGACACAAGUCCAUUUUGUCUUCCAGAACCUCCAUGGGUGCCCGACGAUGAGUGCAAACAAUGUCAGAAUUGUAGAGGCAAAUUUGAUUUUUUCAAAAGAAGAAAGCAUCACUGCAGGCGUUGCGGGAGGUGUUUUUGUAAUGACUGCUGUCAGGAGAAGGUGAAUUUACCAAGGAUGCAGUUCUUGGAUCCUGUUCGCCACUGUCAAGUUUGUACAGAAGUUUCCCGAAAAGAAGAGGAAUUUUUCGACAAGCAUUUAAAGUCUCUUCAAAAUGGUGGUUAUUUUUCGGUAUGUGAUUCAGACAUAGGACCAGAUGAUGCCUCUAUGUUCUUUACAAAACUUUCUCCAAAUCACAGACACCUGCUGUUUGAGGGGGACAGUGAUAAACAUGAGCCAAUACUUAUUGAGAAAAUUGAGACUCUGCAGAUUCUCCCAUCAGGGAAGGAUGAUGAAGGAGAUGACAUAUACAUAGGUAAUACAAUAGCUGGAGGUAUUGCAAUAAAAUACAAGGACACAAUGGGAGGGAUCAACGUCAUCAAAAUGAUGGUGGACAGUGGGGGAAACAGAAAACCAGGGCAAAUCUGGAUCGCCUCCAUGCAAAAGGCAUUUAAGAUGCUGUAUGAUGCAAGAGCAAAGUGAAACUGUUUCCAGACAGAGAGGAGAAGUCGACAUAAAGUGCUAAGUGAUACACAACAUGUUCCCUGUUGUUUGCUUCUGAUAUUGUUUACUUUGUUGAGAGGCAUUGUUGUUUAUAAUAAGUUAAAUGUUAUGAUUUAUGAGUUAUAAAUCUGCUCUCCUUACAAUUCUUUGCCUCUAGGCCAGGGGUGGAGGGAUUUUUUCUUGAUUAACUUUGAUAUCUGUUAUUUUAGGAUGGGAUGUAUUCAAAUACCAAUAUUUAUUGUAUAUCUUUCAUAACAUUUAUCUGGUAAUAUGUUAAUUUCAUUGGUAGUCUGUUUACAUCUUUGUCCAUCUGAGAAGUUAAUUGAUUUAGAGGUAUAUACCCUGGAACAUUGCAUUCACCUGUCAACAAUCCACUUAGAGUACUCUGAGUGGCUGUUAUUUGUUACUACAUGUAGUACCUCACAGAUAAAACAAAUGGCAUUAUUCCUGUUGAAUUCUUGUCCUUCUUCAAUGAAAAGAACUUUCAGCUUUACAAAUGGGCAGCCUUAUCUUUUGAAAUUAAUACAUGCAUCUCUUUUAAAAAAUUAAGACUGAUUAACCUUUUGAAGUGUAUACAUGUAGUAGUUAACUGUGUUUUAAAUUAGGACAGGGAGGGGAAAGGUUGAAAAAAAAAACCUAGUGUAGCAUAAUUUCUGGAAGAGAUCACUCAUCUGAUUAUAUAAAUACCCGAGGUUUAUUUUUUAUAUGAAAAUUGUAUGGUAUGCUGUAUAUUCGACAAGAAGAUCUAUAACUACCUUCUACUUAACAAGUUGUGAUUUUGUUUUUGUUUUUGUCAAAAUGUCACUGUUUUGUUGUGUAAUAAGCCAUUGAAAUAUGUGAUAUAUUUUAAAUCGCACAAUUUUAAUAAGUAAUUUAUAAUCUGAUGCUGUAAAUAUAUUGCCCAUGUUGUAUAUAGACCGUGUACAUUUCUUUAACAAAACUGCAGUUUGUAUUCAUAUUUUAAAAUACAUAUGUACUGUGAACUUUGUAUGAAAAUAAGUGGUUAUUUUUAGAUAAUUCCUGGACUGGGUUCAUAAAAAAAUAUGUAAGUAUCAAGGAAGAAAUCGAAUGAAGCCAAAUUGAAUGAAACAGAUCUAUUUCUGUAUUUGGUUUGCAAGAUUACGUUACAUUAUGUAACUUUUUUAUAUUAACAUAAAUCUUGUAUGUUACCGUUAUGAAAGCAAUAAAGACAUUAAUAUACCACUA